UCGAAAAUGAAGUUCGGCGAGUCCCUUAGUGAAGGGCUUGUCCCUGAGUGGAAAGCUCAGUAUGUGAACUAUAAGGCGGGAAAGAAAUUGAUUAAGAAGAUUGACCAGUUGAAGGCUGAUAAUGAACUGGUAAUUUCUGAAAGAUCUGAAAUAGUUUCUGGCCCUGUUGAUGGGAGUAGAGUAGGGAAACCCACUUCAGAUAGAACUCCGCUUUUAGGUCCCAUUGAAGAAGACCCAUUGAGUCCACAACAGAAUGAAGAGUUGGAACCCAUCGGUCCUCCUGGGAAAGCAAUCGAACAUGGGUUAUCUGUACCUAAACAAAGAGGUUCAAAACAAGCUGAAAUCUCCUCUACUAAUGCGGAUCCAGAAUCUUCCACCUCUUCUGCAUUCAAUCCACGUAAGAACGCGAGGAGACCAUCCAUUUUCAAUUAUUCACUCCGAUCCAAUACAAAGGACAAACAGCAAAAUGACUUUGAUAUUGGGAAAGAACAAUUCUUGGAGUUUGCCAAUAGUGAACUUAGUAAAGUGGAUAAGUUUUACUUGGAGAAGGAGUUAGAAGCAUACGAACGAUUCUUAUUGUUACAAGAUCAACUUUACCAAUUAAGAGAACAUAAACUUGAAAUUCUUAAGUCCAGAAUCAAUCAAGCUGGGAAUAAAGUGACCAACAUCCCGAACCCUGACACUGUAUAUACCGUCAAUGACAUUGCUAGGCAUACAAAGGGAGUUAUCGCCGCACUUAAUCGGUUUGAACUUCCAUCUCUUCCUCUGACCACUUUUUUAAAGAAAUGGAGAAGGCAUCCUAGAAAUAUUGAUGAUGAUAUAUCGUUAACCAAAAAGGAAGAUGGACUUGAGUUUGACGUUGGUUAUGAUCAGAAUCGUAUCAGAAAUGGUGAAGCUGUCUUUGGUGAUAUUGACGGAGAAGGCGUUGAAGAAACAUCCUCUUACGAUUCUGAUGGAAUACAACAUUCAACCAGCGAGGGAAAUCAUAUCCCAUCACAAGACCAUCCUAUGUUUUUACUGAGUACACUGCUGGCACAUGGUGGAGAGUCGAUAAGUGAGGCCAAUCGGAGAAAUCGUAAUAGGGAGUAUGCACCAAAAAAAGUCGAGUUCCAUGUACCGUACUUGUAUGCCCGCAAGCAGUUGAAGACGGCACUUCUUGAACAUUACAGAGCUUUAUCGUUAUUGAAAUCUUAUAGAGUAUUGAAUAGGACUGCUCUUCGAAAGAUUACAAAAAAAUUCGACAAAGCUUCAGGGACAUCCAUAAAUGGCAAAUUUAUGGAAAAGGUUGAUAAAUCUUACUUCCAAACAAGUGAUCUAAUCGACAAGUUAUUUUCACAGGUUGAGGAAUUAUUCUUGGUGUUUUUCGAUCCGGAUACUACCGACAGAAAGCAAUCACUUGAAAAAUUGAAGAGCAUUUCGUAUACAAUGAAUAAUAUUGAGAAUCGUCAACCUAAUUAUUACCUUGAAUUUUUUUCUUCUGGGUUAUUCUUGGGGUUUGGAUUCCCACUUAUGGUUCUUGGGCUUUAUUUGGCAGUAUCAGGAACUUUAGCGGGCAAAAUCCCAGAGGGUAGAUUUUUACUUCAAAUUUGGGGAGGAUUCUUUAUUAUGACUAUUGUUUUCUUACUCUUUGGAAUCAAUUUGAUGGUGUUCGAUCGGUUUAAAAUCAAUUACAAGUUUAUUUUUGAAUUCAACUUGGCAUCUGCACUUAAUUAUAAACAAUUUUUCCUAUUACCUUCAUUUGCAUUUGCAUUAUUUUCAAUAUUAAUGUGGUUCAGUUUCAAUAAUUUCUGGCCUGCCCAAUUUCCUGGUAGAGAUUGGCCCUGGAUUUAUUUUGGAGUAAUGUUGGUGAUAUUUUUAUGGCCUGGAAAUCAUUUUUAUGGUUCAAGUAGAAAAUGGUUGCAAAUCGCAUUAUGGAGACUUUUAUUAUCUGGGUUUUACCCUGUUGAAUUCAGAGAUUUCUUUUUAGGAGACAUAUUUUGUUCAUUAACUUACACUAUGGGGAAUAUUUCAUUUUUCUUUUGUUUGUACUCUCAUCAUUGGAAUGGAGUUUUACAUGAUGGAACUCCUGUGGAUAAUGUGUGUGGUUCAUCCAAGUCAAGAUCCAUGGGAUUUUUCAGUACCUUACCAAGUGUAUGGCGUCUUUUACAAUGUAUUAGACGUUAUAUGGAUACUGGUGACUGGUUCCCUCAUUUAGCAAACAUGUUGAAGUAUUCGAUUUCAGCUAUUUACUACAUUUUAUUGAGUGUGUACCGUAUCGAUAACACAACGACCCAUAGAGUUGUGUUCAUUGUCUUUGCUAUUAUCAAUUCGUUAUACAGUGCAACUUGGGACAUUGUUAUGGAUUGGUCUCUUUUACAAAGUGGAUCCAAGAAUUACCUUCUUCGUGACAAUUUAUUUUUCAAAAAGCCUUACUACUAUUAUAUUGCAGCUAUUUUGGAUAUUAUUUUGAGAUUUCAAUGGAUAUUCUAUGCUUGUUUCGCCAAGCAAAUCCAACAACUGGCGGUAACAAGUUUCUGUGUAGCUUUGGCCGAAAUUAUUAGAAGAUUCAUAUGGAUUUUCUUUAGAAUGGAGAAUGAACAUUGUACAAACGUGAUUUUAUUCCGUGCUUCUAGAGAUUCUCCACUACCAUAUCCAAUGAAAUCUAAGGUUGAAAGGGCAAUCAAGAAACUUGUUAGAUUGAGAUAUGAUAACAACAAGGAAAUUCAUUCUGAUAUUAAUGUUAACCCACCAGAAGGAAGCUCAAUCACUACUGCCUACAGCCAGUUCCCAAUUGAUGAACAACAACAUAAAUCGAAGCACCAUGAUGUUGAGGCUGAUUUAGGAACUUUGAAGAUCCCAGAAACUGAAUCUGUUAGACGUCGUAAGUCUACAUUUAUGAAUUUCAGUAAUGUAUUGAACAAGGCGCAUAUUAAAGAUUUCCAAAGAAGGAAAACCCGUGUACUGGUUGAACAUGACAGUGAUGACGAAGAUGAAGAUGAUUUAUCAGAUACAUCUAGUGUCAAUUCCAAGAAUAAACCUAAAUCGCAAACUUCACACGAAAAUGAAUGAUAAUUUUAUAAUGGCCUUUCCUACAACAUAUAUUCUUAAUAUUAUUUAUACUUCUUUAUUUUAGAAAACAAUUCUUUAGUUUUAAUAGUUAUAUUCAACGUAU